AUGAGUAUUAAAGCGAUCUCCUCGUCGAACGUUAUCCUAGAGGGUCUUCAACAACCUGCUACUAUUGUUUAUUCGACCGAAAGCGGGAAGAUACUAGAGAUCUUUGAUGAAGUCGUUCCUAGGCUUCAAGACAGUCGGCUCGCUUCAUUGAAUGUUUCCGAGUACAUAAUUGUGUCGCCUCAUGUGAUUAUGCCCGGAUUGGUUGACACACAUGUUCAUCUCAAUGAACCUGGGCGCACGGAAUGGGAAGGAUUUGCCACGGGGACGCAAGCUGCAGCAACCGGAGGUGUCACCACAGUGGUUGACAUGCCUUUGAACGCGAUCCCACCAACUACGACGGUCGAAAACCUUGAAAUAAAGCUCAGUGCAGCCGAGGGCCAACUGUGGUGCGACGUGGCCUUUUGGGGUGGACUUGUGCCCGACAACAUCGAAAGCUUGGUGCCGCUUGUGCAAGCCGGUGUUCGCGGGUUUAAAGGAUUUCUUAUAGAUUCUGGUGUGGACGAGUUCCCGAUGAUCGAAAAAAGGCAUAUUAAAGCCGCGUUUGACGUCCUCGAGGGCCAUAAGACGGUGUUACUAUUCCAUGCGGAACUGCAGAGUUCAAGUCACCAUCACACUGUGGUUAAUAACGACGGGUUGAAUUUGCGGUCCAUACGCUCCCUAGAUGGUACCGAAACCAUGACCGAGGAACAGUCCAAUGCUCUUGCCCUGUCUACAGUUUUGUCACCUGCAGAACCACGUCGCGGCGAACCUUCUCACAUAGUGCACCACGACGACCAGAUAAGUGCACCUCUGACAGAAGCUGCCAAGGAGGACGAUAAUCUGAGCAACAUCGACCCGAAAAGUUAUCUCUCAUUUCUGUUGUCGAGACCGGACGCUUUUGAAACAAAUGCCAUUGGCCUUAUCAUAUCCUGCCUUAAGGAAAUGAUGCAAAAAAAGGGAUCGGUGACUCCUGUUCAUAUCGUACAUCUUGCUUCUCGCGAGGCAAUCCCGUUAGUGGCAUCGGCUCAAAGAGAUUUCAACCUCCCCAUUACUGCGGAAACGUGCUUCCAUUAUUUGACGUUUGCUGCCGAGCGCAUAGAAAGAUCAGCAACAGUCAUGAAAUGCUGUCCUCCAAUUCGGGACGAAAACAACAGGCUUGGUCUCUGGGAGGGGUUAACAGACGGUAUAAUUUCGACUGUAGUCAGCGACCAUUCUCCAUGUACUCCAGAGCUGAAGAAUCUGGCAAAUGGUGAUUUUUUUGCAGCCUGGGGUGGAAUUUCCUCUGUCGGGUUGGGCUUACCGAUCAUCUUCACUGAGGCCCAGAAAUUCUCAAGAAGUAUCACGCUUUGUGAUAUUGUGCGCUGGUGUUGCGAGAACACGGCGAUUCAGGUCGGGCUACAGGAUCGGAAGGGGUUUUUGAAAGUGGGUCACGACGCUGACUUCAUUAUUUUCGAUCGGUACCAAGAACAGAAGAUCAGAAAUGAAAAUGUUCAAUUCCGGAAUAAGAUUACGGCGUACCAUAAGCUACCGUUGCGCGGUCGCGUGUUGACGACCGUUCUAAGAGGUCGCGUCAUUUUCGAAGACGACAGUGGUAUUUCCUCUAAUCCUAUGGGACAGACGCUGCUCGAACCAAGGAAAUUGUAG